CGCACGCGCGGCCUCACGUUCGACUUUCCCCUUGUUCCAAUGGCUCGGCUUAGAUGUGGUGCCGCCUUGAAGGCGGGACUGGGUUCCAGUCUGAACCAAUGGCGCCCCGGGUGAGGGUUGAGGGGUGGAAGGUGCCGGCUGGCGGGUGGUGUAAGUUUUUUCCAGCUCGUGCGCUGGGCUACCGAGUCGACAUGGAGGCUGACUUGACCGAAGAGCUCGAUGAGGAGGAGCAGCUGGUGAGAAGGCAUCGCAAAGAGAAGAAGGAGUUGCAAGCCAAAAUUCAGGGUAUGAAGAAUGCUGUUCCCAAGAAUGACAAAAAGAGGAGGAAGCAACUCACUGAAGAUGUUGCAAAGUUGGAAAAAGAAAUGGAGCAGAAACAUAGAGAAGAACUGGAGCAAUUGAAGCUGACUUCUAAGGAGAAUAAGAUAGAUUGUGUUGCUGUUAACAUUUCAAACUUGGUACUUGAGAAUCAGCCACCUCGGAUAUCAAAAGCACAAAAGAGACGGGAAAAAAAAGCUGCACUGGAAAAGGAGCGAGAAGAAAGGAUAGCUGAAGCUGAAAUUGAGAACUUAUCUGGAGCCAGACAUGUAGAAAGUGAAAAACUUGCUCAAAUAUUGGCAGCUAGACAGUUGGAAAUUAAACAGAUUCCAUCUGAUGGCCACUGUAUGUAUAGAGCCAUUGAAGAUCAACUGAAAGAACAGGAUGGCACUCUUACUGUGGUUGCCUUAAGAUCUCAAACUGCUGGAUAUAUGCAAAGCCAUGUGGAAGACUUUCUGCCAUUUUUAACAAAUCCCAAUACAGGAGAUAUGUAUACUCCAGAAGAGUUUGGAAAGUACUGUGAUGAUAUUGUAAACACAGCUGCGUGGGGAGGUCAGCUUGAGCUAAGAGCUCUGUCUCACAUCUUACAAACACCAAUAGAGAUAAUACAGGCAGAUUCUCCUCCUAUUGUAGUUGGUGAAGAAUAUCCAAAAAAACCAUUAAUACUUGUAUAUAUGAGACAUGCAUAUGGCUUAGGAGAACAUUAUAAUUCUGUUACACGGUUGAUCAUGGCUGAGAGAUUGUUAAUAAAAGCAUCGUAUGGUGGUAAAAACACUAAGAUUAUUACUCUGAAUGGGAAGAAGAUGAAAAAGAUGCCUUCAGCAUUAGAAAGACUGCCCGGCCUGAAGACUCUAGACCUUCGAAAUAACCUAAUUCCCAAAGUGUGCCCAGAGAUAAGCAGCUUGACCCAGUUGACAGCACUAAAUCUGGGAAACAACCUUUUAGAAGAAGUUCCGGAAGAGAUGAAAUAUCUUACAUCCCUGACGAAGCUCCAUUUAUUUGGAAACAGGAUCUGUAGAUUUGCACCUGGAGCAUGUGAUGGCUUACAAAAUUUGAUCCUGCUUAAUCUGAACAAAAAUCAGCUUACGUGGCUUCCUCAAGAAGUCGGCAGAUUAAAAUGUCUUAGGUAUUUGAGUAUAAGUCAUAACCAGCUAACCAGCAUUCCUAGAGAACUUUGUUUCCUUGAAAAUCUUUCUGAACUUCAACUUAACUACAAUAAGCUCACGUGCAUACCUGGAGAGAUUGGGUCCUUAAAGAAACUCCAGAAGCUUUUUCUGGUCCGAAACAACAUUGAAACUUUGCCAGAGGAAAUUUGUGAACUUAAAAAGCUAAGAAUCCUAGACAUAGCUGGAAAUCUUAUUCAGAUAUUUCCACCAGGAUUUCAGGAUCUGCAGCUGAGAGAAUUCUACUGUGAGGGCAACCCACUGUUUGUGAACCAGCCAAUUAUCACUGCGUACAAGGACGCAGUCUUGAGUCUCCAGGAAAUAACAUUACGAUUUAUAAUGCGUCAGCUAGAAGAAAAGAAUCUUCUCCUAAUGCAUGCCUUACAAUGGUACCCAGAGGUCAGGAACAAAAUCUCUCAGGAAAAAGUAUGUGCAGUAUGUGAAAAACCCUUUAUAACCCCAUGGCUGGAAUGUGUUCAGUUUGUUCCUCCACCAAAGAACUGGAAGAUAAGCAGAAAUCUACAGUGGGUACCUCUCCAAACAUUCACGUGUUGUCACAAAUGUUUUAUUCAUCGUGACUGUAACCUCUUUGCAAUUGCUCAGGAGUAGGACAGGUGAGCUGCUCAUUGAGAAUGUCACUCAACUUGCCACGUCAGCUCUGUACACAGUCAGUUAGACCCUAUUUAUGAUACCAUACUGUUCUCGUUCUCUUUGUCCACACAUUACUCAAAGGAAUAAAAAUAAUCCAAUUAUAAAGUUUCCAGUUUAAGUACUAGAAUCUACCUUUAGCUUGUUUAUAUUCUAGGU